AUGGACACCCUGGCCGAGCGCAGCUACUCGCACGACUCGCAGUUCGUCGGCCGCGACGCACGCCUCAACUCCAUCUACGACAAGUACCUCUACGACCCGCGCGACCUCACGUCGCCCGACCCGCGCCUCCGCGAGCUGGCACGCAAGGCCAGCAAGCUGCAGCACGCACCGCGCAGCGCACCCGCAGCAGCCAGCGCCGACGGCAUGUCGGCCGCACAGCAGCGCAAGAAGCGCCAGUCGGCCAUCGGCUUUGCGCCGGGCACCAAGGGCGGCAAUGCCGGCGCCGCGCCGGCGCACCGCCGCGACGACAGCGGCGGCGGCGCCUGGGCCGGCUUCAUGAUGGGCAACGGCGCCGUGUCGGACAGUGACAGCGACAGCGACGCCGAGGCGGACCGGCGUCGUCGCCCGCCGCCGCAGAAGGCCGCAGAGGGCAGCCGCGCCGUGGCGGCUCGCAGUGCCGCCGCUGAGCCAGAUGUCGCCGCCGCCGGGCAGCGCGGAAGCUGGACUUCCCGUGCCGCCGCCGUCGGCUCGCGCCCGCCGGACAGCGCCUCGCAGAACCCGCCGACGCUGAAGCUGCUCGGCCUCAAGAGUCUCAAGGACGGCGGCUCGCCGAUUGGCCACUCGCCGGCAGCAGGCGACUCGCACUUUGCGGCACAGCAGGGAGCGCCGCGCAGCACGGCACGCACGCCCGACUUUGAGAUGAUCGCCGGCGCCGAGCAGCGCGACGCGCGCCGCAACGACGAGCGCACCAUGAGCGCGAGCGACUAUGGCGAUGAGGUGGAUGCGCGGCACGGCAGCACCAUCGACUUUGGCCGUGCGAUGCAGCGCGGCGCGGACGAGGCGCGCCCGAGCCGCGGCGUGCACCUCAGCGACGACGGACCGGCGCCGCCUGCCUCGAGCCAGAAGGGCCGUCCCGUGAGCCCGCGCACGGCGCUGACCCGCCAGCUCGGCCUCGUCACGCCGAUGCCCGAGCAGCCCGCGUCGAUGGCCGCGAGCGGCGACUACUUCGGCGGUGGGCCGCCGGCGCCGAUGAGCGCCGGCCCGUCUGCACCGGCGGGCUACGACUCGCGUGGACCGCCGCCGGGCAGUCUUGACUCGCGUGCACCGUCUUCGGCGCCGCCGCACCCACGCACGCUGCUGCCUGCUCCUUCUCAAGGCCCGCCGCCACCGCAAGGCCGUGCUCCGCCGCCGGCACAGCUGCGCGCUCCGCCGCCGCCGCAGCAGGCCAUGCGUGGCCCACCAGGCGAUCGCUUUGGCGGCGGCGCACCUGGCGUGCCGCUUCAGCGAGGCAUGCCAGGCCCGCCGGGCCCGGGCAUGCGAGGCCCACCGUCGCCUCUUGGCGGACCGCAGCCGCCGCCGCAAGCCAUGCAGCGUGGUCCGCCGCCGUCGUACGGCAGCGACCCGCGCGGCAUGCCGUCGCCGACUGGGCCGCCUGGCGGCUUCGACCGCGGCCUCGCUCCCCCUGGCGCCAUGCGUGGCCCGCCGAGCCCGCGCGGUCCGCCCGGCCCUGGCUACGGUCCGCCUCGCGGUCCGCCCGUACCGCCGGCCGGCUUUGCGCCGCAGGGCAGCCGGCCGCAGCAGCCCCCGCCCGCCGGCUUUUCCGACUCGCGCCCGCCGCAGAAGGGCGCCGGCAACGUUUUCCGCCGCUCGAUGGCCUUCUUUGGCGGCGACGGUCCCGGGCCUGCGCCGCGCCCGCCGAACGGCAAGCGCCAGAGCGCCUUCCGCCGGAGCAUGGCGUUCAUCACUGGCCGGCCGAUGCCCGAGCCCGCGCCGGCGCCGCGUCCGUACGAGGACGACGACGCCAACGCGCCGCAGCCGCGCGUGCGCGGCUUCGUCGAGGAGAAGCCCAAGUCGCGCAAGAGCAUCUUCUUUGGCGCCAGCGGCAUGGGCGACGAGUGGGACGUGAGCGGCCGCGGCGAGCGCUUCUGGCGCCGCUUCUCGCUCGCGCAGCAGGUCGCCGCCAAGCCCGACGCCACGAGCGCGGCCUUCCGCGCCAAGGUGCGGCGCCGCCAGCGCAUGGUCAAGUGUCUCUCGUUCCUCGGGCUGCUCGCCAUCAUCGCCGGCAUCGCCAUCGUCAUCGUCUGGCGCGAGGGCAAGUCGAAGACGACGGACAUUCCCGGCUCCAUCAACCGCGCCGAGAACGGCGGCACCUACACGCCGCCGUCGGCCGGCGUCAAGACGCGCCGCGACACGGGGCUCUACGGCCUGCCCGCCUUCCCGGCGCCGACGCACGCGCCCGCCGCUGCACUGCCCGACCUCUACGACGUCGCCAUGGGCAGCAAGCGCUCCGUGCCGUUUGGCGACGCGGCCGGCGCGGCCCUCGCACGCCGCCAGCAGCACCGCCGUCUCGAGCACGACGCUGCCGCCUAA